GGCCCUGGUCCUUCGGCCAGGCAGUUAUGUAAGGUGGUUAUACCCGCCUUUGACUAAUGACUCAGUCAGGUGGUUUUGCCCGCCUGUUACUGGGGGUCAUGGAUUGGAAUAAAACAUGUUUUUUGAGUAAUUUUGUGAUCGGAUAUCUGAAUUGUAUACCAGUGAAGCUUUCGUUUCGAUACCAAGUUAUAAAGUCUUAUAGUGUCUUUUGUUUUCAUCAUGGCCCUGGUCCUCCGGCCAGGCAUUUAUGCAAGGUGGUAAUUUUCAUGCCCGCCUUUGACUAAUGACUCAGUCAGGUGGUUUGGCCCGCCUAUAGUGUUACUGGGGGUCAUGGAUUGGAAUAGCACAUGUUUUGAGUUAUUUUAAUUUGUGAUUUGAUAUCUGAAUUGAAUAUCUGAAGCUGUGUUUUGUUUUGUAGAGGAGCAAAAAUGUACUUGAUUUUUAAGACUCUAGAGAAAAAACCUUUUUUAUAUCUUAAACCUAAUAUGUGAUUAUUUUGUAAAUGAAAUUUAAUUUAAGUAGUUUACCUUAGCCAUGUUGGUCAAGAGAGCAUUAUUGUGUUAGUUCAAUUAGAAGGAACUCUAAAACACUCGGUCCUAUUUUCAACCCUCAUGACCGAUACGAUAAAUUAAGAACACUUUAAUAUCGACUAAAACAAGUCUUGUUUUUUUUUUUUCAAUUCAUUUGUCACGUAGGUUGCAGCCACAAGAGGACAAUAUCUAAAAGAAGCAAAAAAGAUGCACCGCCAUCCAUUUUUACUGUGGGAAAGGCAUUACACCAUGACUGGAAAAUACUAAUAAUUGGACAGGGAGACGUCCUGCUAACUAUCUUUGCCGGGUACCACCCUGCCAAUUUUACACUUGAC